GAUGAUGAUGAUGAUGAUGAUGAUGAUGAUGAUGAUGAUGAUGGUGAUAAUGAUUCGGAUGUUGAUGAUGAUGAUGAUGAUCAUGCUUAUGAUUCGGACUAUGAUGAUGAUGAUUCGGAUGAUGACGAUGAUGAAGAUGAUGAUGACUCGGAUGAUUCGGAUGAUGAUGAUGAUGAUUCGGAUGAUGGUGAUGAUGAAGAUGAUGAUGAUGAUGAUGAUCAUCAUCAUGAUGAUGAUGAUUCGGAUGGCGAUGAUUCGGAUGAUGAUGAUUAUUCGGAUGAUGAUGAUGAUGAUUCGGAUCAUGACGAUGAUGAUCUGAUGAUUCGGAUGAAGAUGAUGAUGAUGAUGAAUCGGAUAUAUGAUAAUGGUGAUGAUGAUUAUGAUUCGGAUAUUGAUGAUGAUGAUGAUGAUGAUGAUGAUGAUGAUGAUGAUGAGGAUGAUGAUGAUUCGGAUGAUGAUGAUUCGGAUGAUGAUGAUGAUUCGUAUUCGGAUGAUGAUGAUGAUGAUGAUGAUGAUGAUGAUGAUGAUGAUGAUGAUGAUGAUGGUGAUUCAUGA